UUCAGUGGACUCACACGCACACUUGCCCAUGCACAUGUCUUGAGUCGAGAGGUAACGGGACUGGAUUGUUGGCUUCGAGAUUGGUGUUUGGAUGUACAGGAAGAGUUUAAUCAUACAUCGGUGAUGAGAGUAAAUUAACGUUAUAAGAUCAAAGAGUCUUUGGAUGUUUUAGCUGCGAUUGGAUUGUAUUUGAAUCGUAUCAUCACAAUGGCUGUUGCUGACGGACUAGCCUCCCUGAGGUUAAGGCUUGCCGUCGUAUGGCUUCUCGCUGGUGUACUGAGUGUUGCAGGUCUGCAGCUAGCUACACAAUCCAGACAGGAUCUCACAAGUCCAGAAGGAGCUAAGAACUUUGAGAUGUCAUGCCCUGUGACUGGGGCCGUAGGUCAACCUAUCUUCACAUGGCAAUACUCACCAGCGAUGCAUCUCACACCGGGCAAUAAGAUUGUACAAUCAGCACGCCAUAACUUCAGAUCAGAUUCACUCAUCAUUAAUCAGAUAUCAAAGACAGAUGCUGGUUUCUACACAGCGAGUGUUACUGAUAAUACCAGGAGGGUUGUCAGGUGUAUGUUUCAGCUCACUGUUGGAUAUGGUCCUGAGCUAGUUGAUGGUAUACCGACCACCGUCACGGCAAACUUCUCUCGUCCAUUCGUCCUGUCCUGUCCAGUGAGAGGCGUCCCAUUACCACACGUCAUCUGGAGAAAGAACGGGCGCACCGUCGCACCCUCAGAAAAUAUCCAGUUCAAUGGUCUGGAUAUCAAUUUUACUUCGGUCUCUGAUGCUGAUAGAGGGCAGUACCAAUGUUCAGCCACCAACCCUUACGGGACCGUCACCAGUCCAGUUACUAUCAUUAAUAUUCAAUGGCCUCUAAGGUUUGUGCAGGUUCCUCCAUCAGUGCUAGACAGGAGAGAGGGCCAAAAUGUCUCGGUGCAAUGUAAUGUGACAGGCUUCCCUCAUGCAAGGAUACUGUGGUACAAGAGGAAUGGAAAUGAAAGUGAGCAGAUCAUGAAUUCAUCACAUACAGUGAUAACCAACAUGUAUUCAGAGCGGGUCUCCUGGUCAAGACUGGACAUAGACUCCCUCAACGUUAGUGAUAAUGGGAUGUAUCAAUGCGAAGCAACCAAUGUCAACCAGCAAGUCAGCACUAACUUUGAUCUUGUUGUGCACGCUCCACCAAGAAUCACGUCUGUCCAUCCUGCCGUCAGAACAGCUCAUGUAGGCAUGGAUCUUGUCUUUGAGUGCACAGCCACUGGGUUCCCUCCGCCAAAGUUUACUUGGUUCAGGAAUGGAAGAGCCAUUCCUCGUAUUGGUAACACUCAUUUCAACGAAGGUUGGGACGGUAUCCUGACCAUUGAUAGUCUCAUUGAGUCUGAUGCAGGCAACUUUACAUGCCAAGCAUUCAAUGAUGUAGGAUAUGAAUACAGUAAUACUACUAGACUAGAUGUGUUUGGUAUAUACUUCAUAGAAAGAGCGCCCCCCAUGUUAGCUGUAGAGGAAGGUAACUCAACGCAGCUUGUUUGUGAUGUCGGUGGAUCUGAUUACGGUGUGAGGAUAGAAUGGUUUAAAGACAGGACUCCAAUCCAAUCACAAUGCACUCCAGAUCAACUUAGAAAUUUACCUAGAUGUAAGUACAUGAUAGUCAACAGCACUCUUCACAUAAUGAAAGUAAGUCAGCAAGACUUGGGAACCUACAUCUGCAAAGUAACAGAACAAGGAACGGCUGACCCUGAAGUCAUACAAGCUGAGACACAAGUUCUAUUUGCAGUUCCGGUGGCUCUCUACCCCAGAUUAAACGAUGUGUAUACGGGUGAUGCUGGCAAGCCUUUAGUCCUAGAAUGCAAAGCCACGGGAAGCCCGCCCCCUACUGUUGAAUGGCUAUACAGGGGAGUUCAUCCGCUCAAUGACUCACAUAGAAUGAUCUCCGGUGGUACGAUCAAGUUCCGUCGUCUGCUUGCGAGGGAUAGUGGGCAUUACCUGUGUGUGGCUAGUAACAACAUCACUGAAGCUAAGCAAGAUGUCAGAGUCAAAGUUAAUUCUGUGCCCCCCAUGUUGAACCUGGACAUUAAGCAGUCAGGUCAAUCAGUGACCUUGGACUGGAGGGUGGUAGGUAACGGUGGCUACCCGGUCAAGAGCUUCAAGUAUGAAUACAGAAUGAUAUCACCCAAGACUGGAAAGUGGUCCGCAGAUAAACUAUCUCCACAUUUGAGAUCACACACUAUCAAAGGUCUGAAGUCCAAUGCUACGUAUGAGAUCAAGAUGUGGGCUGUCAACAAGCUCGGUCAGGGAACCAUCACCAGACAAGUGUUUGCCACAGAUUCCCACGCGGGCAUUGGAAACAUCUUCAGCGGUCUCUCUGAGGACAAUCUCAAGUUGAUCUACAUCGGAGCUGGCGUGGCCGGUGGUUUGUUCCUCCUCAUCUUGGUAGUGGUGUUUGCCGUCGCAUGCAGACGCAAACCAGAUCCUUCAGGAAUCAGAAAACGUACAGACGGUGUAGAGGAUGGUCAAGCAUUGGUGGAUGAUUUCCAGGAAUCCCCGUCUCACAUCAAUCCAGCUUACGGAGGAGCUGACCACCCUACCAGCGAAAAUCUAGAACUCAAAGAUGUGAAUCCUACGGAUAGUAACGGAAUCAAGGAUAAGAAUGGGAAGCCCGUAGGAGGAUUCGCGGAGGAUAACGGAAUGGCUCUAAACCUAGACCUAGACUCUGGGCCAUAGACUCAACACCAGAUAUGCCUUGGUUAUGCAGCAUUGUUGUGUUUUUGUUAUGAUAUGUUGUUUCUAAUAAAUGAUGAGAGAAAAAAAAUUCAAAAACUGCAUUCAAAAGUGAUGUCUUGGAGAUAAUAGUUAAAAUGUGAUCUCAGUUGAAAUCCCAGUUACGUUCCCAUAAAGCUGUUCUGACCAAAUACAUGUAUGAGAACAGAAUUCACCUUAUUUUUUGUUUUCAUGAAAAUGUUAAUAUUCAUGAAAUUUUUAAUUGUCUGUAGAUAAUUGACCUGCUAAAUACUGUGUAUGUGUGUUCUUCUGAAAUGAUUUAUUUUCAUGUAUGUCUUGUACAAUGUAUUCUACUAUCAAUCGAUCUAUGCAGUAUUGAAUUGUUCAGAGUGCAAUAUUUAGAUAUCUUGCAAAAGUGACAUAUGUAUUUCAAGAGGUGGUAACAAAUGAUUUGUAGAAUACAAGGUGCUAGUAAUAAGAAAACUGUGCAAUAAUGAAUUUUCAAAGUGGAAUUAUUAUAUAUCUUGUUUUUUUUAUUGUUUAUUCGGGAUACACAUUUAUAGUGUGCUAGGUGCUUGUAUUGGUAAUACAAUAAUAAUAUAUUCCGGAGAAUGCCAUGAUUAAUUAUGCACAAACGUUUAAGUUCUGUGAAUCAAUUGCCGUAGUGGUCAACUCUCUCUCUCUAAACUACGGCCACCUGUCUACAGUGGAAUUGUGUGUUGAAUACCGUAACCUGUCUAGAAAGGUUACUUGUCUACAGUGGCCUGUCUUCCUGUUUCCCUUGACAGGUUUGACUGUGUAUGCUAAGAAUGGUUGCGUGCAAUUUCAUUUGUUGUAUAUUCACUUGUUCAUGUUCAUGUUUUUCUUAGAAACUAGGCUACAUGCGAAUUAUGGGG